AUGACGGCGACCACCGCUUUCCCUUCUCCCGCCACAAGUCGCCUUUUCUUUGUUGUGGACCGCUCCAGCAAGACUCGUUUCCUCGUGGACACUGGAGCUGCCGUCAGCGUUCUACCUGCCUCAUCGAGCGACCGGCGCGGAAACGCAAUCUAUCACCUUAUGGCUGUGAACAACAGCGCCAUACCAGUCUACCAUGAGAAGCUGCUCACCCUUAAUCUUGGCCUGCGAAAAGUGUUUCCUUGGGUGUUUCGCGUUGCCGCCGUCUCUCACGCUAUACUCGGAGCAGACUUUUUGCACCAUUUCGCACUCUCCGUAGAUGUCUCACGACGCCUUCUGGUCGAUACCCAGACCAGGCUAUCGGCCCACGCAAUCCCUGCCGCUCCCCACCUUGCUGCUGGCGUCAGUGGAACUUCCCUUCCACCAACUUCGUUGCCAAUCUCGGAGCUCCUGCGCCAGUUCCCCACACUCACACAACCUCCUGACUGGACGAAAUCGGUCAAGCACGAUGUUGUUCACUUCAUCGAAACCACGGGCCCACCGGUUUUCUCCCGUUCUCGCCAGCUAUCACCCGAGAAACUGAAGAUAGGCAAAGCGGAGUUCCAGCACAUGUUGGACAUCGGUAUCGCCCGUCCAUCCUCCGCCAGUUGGUCUUCAGCACUCCACAUGGUGCCUAAAAAGACGGGAGGCCGUGCGGAGACUACCGCGCCCUCAACCUAG